AUGAACUGGCUGAGCAUAUUCUCUGGAGCUUUGGCUUCAGUUUCGAACAUUUCUAUAAUAAUAUGGUUAUUGCUUAUCACAUUACUAACUUGCAGACUCUACAAAAUAUAUUAUGAUGAACGUGCGAUCGAACGUAGAAAACAAAUAUCUCUACUACCGAGUUUAACAAAAACCUACUUGGAAACUAUCAAUUGUAUAUGGCAAGUAGCUAGUUUGAGACCUCUAGAUACGUUACCCUAUUUCUCCAGCGUUCUUAAAAGUGUUGGACCAUUGGUGUAUAUGAAUACUAUAAUACGUGACUACGUACUUAUCAACGAUCCCGAUGACAUAAAGAUAUUAUUGUCUAGUACUCAACAUAUUACCAAAGGACCAGAAUACAGUAUACUCGAACCUUGGUUGAGCACAGGGCUUCUGACCAGCACUGACGAGAAAUGGCAAACGCGAAGAAAGCUACUGACUAAUACAUUCCACUUCAAAAUUUUAGAAUCAUAUAUACCAGCUUUUAACCAUCAUGCAAACGGUUUAGUGCAAAGCCUUGCCAAGGCAUCGAAAAACAAUGAAAUUGACUUACAUUCGCACGUGACUCUAUGCGCAUUAGAUAUUGCCGACAUCCGAGAAGAACUUCAGGGAAUAUUUGGAGACAGUGAUCGAGAUGCUACAAUGGAAGACCUUAAAUCCAUGUUCACAUUGGAAAGAGUAAUAAAAGAAACCAUGAGACUUUACCCCAGUGUUCCUAGUGUUACAAGGAGACUGAAUCAACCAAUACAGCUUAAAAACCACUCAAUACCUGCACAUAGCAUUAUAGCCUUUUCGAUUUAUAUACUACAUCGUGACGAGUCAAUGUAUCCAAACCCAGAAGUAUUUGAUCCCGAUAGAUUUUUACCAGAGCAGUGUAACGAUCGACACCCAUAUGGAUACCUACCGUUUAGCGCAGGUUCGAGAAACUGUAUUGGUCAAAAAUUUGCAAUGUAUCUAAUGAAGACGGUACUAUCAACGGUUGUUAGACACAUGAAAUUGGAAACACUGGGAACACAAAAAGAUAUUGUUGUUUCUACACAGUUGGUAUUAAAAGCUGAUUCGUUGCCCAGUUUAAAAUUAACGCCACUUUUCGAAAAUCAUAAGAAAUAA